AUGCAAGGAUACACCUUCACCCCGCCUUCCGGGCCUCCGCGGGAGGGCCACAGAAACUAUGUAUUUGUUGACGAACACAACCGGCACAAGCGGCUCAAAGUGAUGCGCGCGUGCAACGGCUGCCGGAAACGAAAAAUUAAAUGUGACGCCGCGACAACCAACACAUGGCCCUGUUCGGCGUGCUUGAGGCUCAAGUUGGUUUGCGUGCCUCCAACGAUCCACCAAGAUGGAGACCAAGCAGACCUGGGGCUAGGCUCCGAGGCAGACUUGGCUGGCUAUCCGGAUCCUCCACCGCACCCAGAGAUGCUGCAGCACGGGAUGGUCCAGCCUAAUAUGAUGGGUGGCCAUCCGCAAAUGCAAGAACAAAUGGCCUCGUACGGGGCAUACUCUUCAUAUGUUCCACAGAACGGCGGCUUGUAUGUAGAAGCCCAACCGCCUCAAAUUGCCGUUACCCACCAUCCUUUCCAGGAUGGCUUCUUUGAAAGCGUCCACCCGCAGCCUCUUGCCACUGCAGAUAGCGGUGUCUUCAUCGAUCCAGAGCAAUCAAACCCCGGAGACCUGAGCGACGCUCUCGGUGAGCUAAAAAUCGACGAGACUGGGAUUGCACCCUACAUUCGACAGCAAAGAAAGGGUCCUGCUGAACCCGAAGCCCCUGUUCAAGAAGAAGGGGAUGAUGAGCUCCCUCCGCUUAAAACAGGUGCUGGGUCGACUAUACGAAUCCCUCCGGAGUUGAUGCCCUCAAACGAGGAAGUUGUGAGGUAUUUUAAAAUAUUCUUCUCCGAUAUCCAUCCCUACGUUCCUGUGGUGCACCGUGUGCACAUGUAUCAACAAUGGCGUAAUGAUCGCUCUUCAAUCUCCCCGUUACUAUUGGAAGCUUUAUUUGCCUGCGCUGGCCGGAUGUCCGAUGAUCCAGCGGAAGGAGCUCAAUGGCUCGCACUUGCAAAUCGGCACGAAUCCAGCUUUAUGGAUGUCCCGCGGCUGAGCACCAUUCAAGCAUUGCUCUUGCUGCUGAAAGCGCGGGAAUCAAAUCCCAAGAAAGGGUACUAUUAUCGGUCCUGGCAAACUGUGAAGACGGCUAUUUCCAUGGCUAAAGACCUUGAAAUCCACGAGCACUAUAGCGAUCACCAAGAAGGAAUUCCCUGCGGCCUUGAACCUAUUGAAUGUCUCAUCCAAACGAGAAUCUGGCAGACUCUUUUAGUUGUGGAAGUAAUGGUUGGAGGCCCCCAAGGCCGAUCAGAUUAUGAAGUAGACCCCGACACAGUCGAUAUGCGACCAAAGCUGGACGUUGCCCACUUGGAUCAAUUUGAAGUGGAUCGUUCUCGACAAUACUCGUUCUUUGUCAAAAACGCAUAUCAUAUUCGCGUCUACACAGAACUUUACCACAAGAUCAAGAAGCAGAAGGAUUGGGCGGCCGAUCCGCGGUUCACUCAAAGCAACCCCCUGUUCGCUGAAUGGUACCAAAGUUUGCCUCAAGACCUUCAGGUUACCUAUCCCGAAGAUGGAUCACCGCCAUGGUUGCCGUCGCAUUUUGUGGGAAAUAUGCAUAGUCAUUACCAUCUGGCUAUCAUCAUGCUUCACCGGCCACAGUUACUGGCGUCCCAAACUUUCGCAGCUGGAGGCGGCUGGAGAACACACAUGAGCUUGUGUUACUCCUCUGCAAAGUGUUUGUGUCGCUUGCAGGAAGCUAUUAUUUCUCGUUUUGGGCUACAGGCACUGCGAUUUAUGCAGCGAGGCAUCAACUUCACCGUUUAUGCUAUUCUGACAUGCACUAUGCUUCACUUGGUUGCGAUUACAUCUCCUGACCCGGAAUUCCACACCGACGCACGGGAUUUCUUUACUCGACAUAUGCGCAUUCUAGAGCAACUUUCUACAACUUGGCCACUUCCUGAGAUCAAGGCUCAAAUAGACACGCUAAGGCUGGCCUUUUCUGCUGAUACGAGUCGCGCGUUCGAGCUUAAACCAACUUUUCCAUAUGGCAGUCCAUCCGAGGGAUACCAACCCAGUCCUCCAGCACUAGGAGAGGCGCAGUAUACCCAGUUUAGCCAGACCCAAGGUGGGAGCCCUCACCGAUUGGUCUAUAAUGUCCACCCGAUAACACCGCCAAUUUCAACAGGUGCCGAGGAUUCGAAGCCCGAAUCUCCUCAAUUGGCUAAUAUGGGCAUGCUACAACAUCACCACCACCACCACCACCACCAUCAUCAUCCAGGAGCAACGAAUCAAGGCUUGGGGGUUCCAUUGGUAGACGAGAACGCCUGGGACCCUACUCGAAUCAUGACUUCGUGGGAUUUAGCCUUCAAUCCUCCCAGUGUUGCUUCUACCUCACCACACACGGCGUACACUAACCCAAGCCCAACCAUGGCCGAGACUGUUACGACCCAAUAUCCAAUGCAAUACCACGACAAGAUGGUUCCCAUGGACCCCCAACAACACGCGGUACCUCAACAACAACAGCCGUACAACCCCCAGCCUAUGAUGACAGCACGAGACUGGCAGCAAAACGUGGCGAGCGUUUUUGAUCCGCAUGGGGUGAAGCGUAGACUUCACCACCUCUCUACGGAUCUUUCAAACAACAACGCUGUUAAACGAGCAAGAUAG